GUUUAAAAUUUUAUCAAUUAAUAGGAAUAAAAUGGUAAAUCUAUUAUACCAAUCAUUGAUUUUUUAAUAAAUAUAUCAAAUCAAAAUUUGACAAAUAAAAACGAAUUGGGGAGUAGUUUGGUAGGGUCUAGGAAUCAUACAAGAUUCUCCAAGUAAUGUUAGGCACGUGGUAAGGCAAGAAUGAAACCCUCACAUAGAUUUGUCACGGCCGCCUGAAUAUUCAGCUCAAGGGCCCCUUGCUGCUUCUGGAAGCUGUAAAUUCGUCAGUAUUCAGUUCUAACACUUUUUCAUUUUCUGCAAACUUUUCAAUUCUUAUCCCUCUUUUUAACAACCUCAUUUGUUGUAUUUUGUAACUGAGAAAAAAAAAUCCAUUGAAAUUUCUUCUUCUUUCUAUGGUCUUGUCAAAUGCCAACAAGAACUCAUUUUUACACUGAUAAAUAAGGGAUAAGAUUGUUCUUUUUUAACCCAAUGUAGAGGAGACUUUUAAGGAAUCUUGAAAAAAAGAAUAUUUUGGUAUCUGAAAAUGCUUCUUUCACAGCAGUUCAAGGUUCAAUUUUUCAGCCACCCUAGUUCUCAUACUAAGUUUCUAGCUCAUGGUAAAAGCUUAAAAGUUCCAACCUUUAAGCAAGUACUCUAUAAGCCCAUUCUAUGUGUAAAGCACAAAUCUUUAGCUGUUUCUUUGGAUGUAGAUGAACCUAGUGUUUCAGAUGAAAGUUGCAAUCUUGAAGAAAAGAUUGAAGUGGUUCAAGAAAAAAGCUUUUGGGGUGCUGUGGGGUUGAUUGUUGGUACUGCUGUAGGUCCAGGAAUGUUGGGAUUACCUGCAGCAACUGUAAAAUCUGGUCCAAUUCCAUCAACCAUAUCUCUUUUGUUGACUUGGGUUUAUGUUAUUUCCUCUAUCAUUCUUGUAGCAGAGCUUAGUUUUGCAGCUAUGGAGGAAGAUGGGGUAGAUGAAGUUAGUUUCACUAGUCUUGCAACCAAGGCAUUAGGAAGUAAACUUGGGUCUUUUGUUGCUUUGGUUUAUGGUUCACUAACUUUUGCUUUGUUGGUAGCCUGUGUUUCAGGUAUUGGUUCAAUUAUUUCUCAGUGGUUUCCCAAGAUUAAUCAUGUUCUUGCUAAUGGGCUGUUUCCAUCACUAGUGGGGAUAGUUCUAUGUUUGUUGCCUUUUAAGGUUAUUGAUGUAGCCAAUAGGUGUCUAUGCAUUACAAUGCUUUUCUCCAUUACAGCAUUAGUUGUAAUUGGAAUAAUUGUUGGGAGAAUGAGUAUUCUUGAUUCUUUUGGAUUUGCUUCUUGGAGAUUUUCAUCAGUUUUGCCUGCUAUUCCUGUGGCUGUGCUUACAAUGGGGUUCCAUGUAAUCACACCUUUCAUUUGUAAAAUUGCUGGAAACACUGUACAUGAUGCUAGAAAAGCAAUAAUUGUAGGUGGGACCAUUCCUCUAGUCAUGGUAGUAUCAUGGAAUUUGAUUGUUUUGGGACUUUCUGGUCACAAUGCUUCAUCUGUCUCAAGCGAUCCGAUCUCACUCUUGCUCUCUGUCAAUUCCUCUGCUCUACCAGCAGUUCAAGGUUUUGCAUUUUCAGCACUAGCCACUAGCUUGAUAGGAUAUGCUGUUAGCUUUCCGAAACAGGUUGUCGAUACCUUGGAUUUGAUCUUUAGUAGUUCCAGUCCCAGUCCAUCUAGAGGAGUAACAACUCGUGAUGAAGUAGGCAACGUUGGUUCAGCCGCAUUUAGGUUGAGGAAAAAUUUUGGAAAUGCAGGGAAAGUUUCUUAUAAGGGAAUCAAGAAUGAUAAUGCUUCAGAAAAUAGAGUGGACUCUGGUUUCAAAUCUUUGCAAAGCCUUGUGAUUCCUUUUGUUCUAGCUUUGCCAGUUCUCAUUGGCUCUUUCUUUCCCUCUACAUUUUCAAGAGCUCUUGAUUUUGCUGGGAUUUACGCCAACUGUUUUCUGUUUGGCAUCCUUCCUCCGGUGAUGACGUACAUUUAUCAGUCCAGGAGAAAGCUCAGGUUAGGCAUCUUACCAGGAGGAGCUGGCGCGCUGCUACUACUUUUCGUCAUUGCUAUUAUUCUAGCCAUUUGGCAUUAGAUAUUGUACUUCUCUGCUAGACUUGCACCAUUGAUAUGCAUGUAAUUUUCCUGAUUCUUGAAGGUUCUAUGGAGACUACUAAGUAAAUUUGAAAGAUUUGAAUCAAGAAAGCUUGUAUAGUUCUCAUUCUUUUGUUGUAACAGAUGCAUCUUGGCUCUUGCCACUACAUGCUGGAUCAUGGUGGCUACAUUGGGUUGCCCAUUAUGUUAGUUUGCCCUAGUAAGGCAACAUAUUUGAGCUAGCUAUGCACAUCUUACGAGGAGACGACUCUGUAUAUCACGUGGGUGUCAGCAGUAUGAAAUAUCAACCUUCGAAAAGUCAAAUUGUGGCUUUGUAAGUAUGGAGAUUAUGACCCUGGCAACCCGACACGUGUUAAGUCUCCCACAUCGGUGGGCGAUGGGGUCCUUUGGUCUCCUUAUAUGGAGUUAGGCCCAGGUGCUAUAUCUAUCAACACGAACUUAGUGAAAAAUGACACAUGGGAUAUGAUCUUACAAUGUUUUUUUUUCCUAAUCAAACUGUAAAUGGGCAUAUCUUCACACAUUUGUAGAGGAUAAUAAUAAUACCAGCAAAACCUGUUCAUGAAUCAUACUAAACCUGAAGGGUUAAGGAGCC